UGAACAUUCGCUUUUUACCGUGUGAGGUUUGUUGUCUGCGAGGCACCAUACAGCAAAAAAACAACCCUACAAGCAGCUGUUGCUACAAUGUUACAGAACUCCCACGUGCGCAAAUCAAUCUGUGCUUUUUUGUGUGAUAGUUUGACUAAUCUCCAGUGAUUUGUGAAAAUAUUCUACAUCUUCGACGAGAGGAAAAUGGAGGCCGUUAUUACGAUUAAUCCCGGGGCCACGAAAUGGGACAUCCGAGAGAAAGUUUGGGAUUACAUCGAAGCUAAAAAUCUUGCAAACUAUCCAAGGCCUGUGCACAACAGAAUCCCCAAUUUUAAGGGUGCAGUCCCAGCCUGUGACCGUAUCUCAACCCUGCAGGAGUUCAAAUCCAGCAGCACAGUCAAAGUGAACCCGGAUCGUCCUGCGCAGCGCGCACGUUACAUUACCAUGGAUGCUAGGAAAACCCUGCUGGUGCCCACCCCUCGCCUUCGCACGGGACUCUUCAAUAAGAUUGUCCCGCCUGAGGGAGCAAGCAAAGAAGAACUGCGAGUGUGUUCUACCUCCCAGGGAGUGAAGGAGUUCAGUGUCCCUGUAGGUCUGGAUACCAAGGUUCAGGUGGAUCUACUGGUGGUUGGCUCUGUGGCAGUGUCUGAGAAAGGUUACCGGAUAGGUAAAGGCGAGGGCUUUGCGGACAUGGAGUACGCCAUGAUGCUCUCCAUGGGGGCUGUGAAAGAGACCACGGUUGUGGUCACCAUCGUCCAUGACUGCCAGGUUUUGGACAUCCCGGAAGAGCUGAUUGAGAGCCAUGACCUCACUGUAGACUACAUCCUCACCCCGACCAGAGUCAUCAAGACAGACUGCCAACACCCCAAGCCUCUGGGCAUCAUCUGGACGAAGCUGAAUGUUGAGAUGCUGGAGAAGAUUCCUGUGCUGAAGAAACUCUGGACCCUGGAGGAGGAGGCAGGGAAGGACGUGACCCUGGGUACCCACCCUCCCCCAGAGCCCAGGGAGAGGAUGAGGCGAGAGCCCCGGAGGGACCGGGAGCCCCGGUCAGAGGGUGACAGGCCCAAACGUGAGCCCAGGCGCCGGCCUAGAAGGAACACUCAAGAUGACUCUGAGAGGGAUCCCAACGGGGAGUCCAGAGAGGAUACUGAGCAGAAACCCAGAAGACGCCCGCCAAGGGUGAGGCGGGAGGGGGACCGAGAUGGGGGGAGGGACGGUGAAAGGGAGGGUGGCCGGGAGCAGGGCCAGGAAGGAGGCAGAGAGGGGGGUAGGAGGGUGAGGGGCUACCGUGAUGGGGGCUUCCGUGAGGGAGGAAGGGGGGAAGGCCGAGACGGAGGUAGGGGACGAGGUGGAGGAGGAGGCCGUGAGGGGGGCAGGGCCAGGGACGGGGUCAGGGAGGAUGGUGGUGAGCCCCGUGAGAGCAGGCCCCCCCUGGCUGUGACCACAGUGUAUCUGGGGGGCAUCCCUACCGGUCUGCGUGUCAGUGAGCUGAAGACUGCUCUCCGGGAGAGGGAAGCUGCCCCCCUUCGACUCACCUGGCAAGGUGCUCAGCAUCGGGCCUUCCUGGACUACAUGGACCCCCAGGCUGCAGACCGGGCCCUGGCUGCCCUGGAAGGGCUCUCUUUGAAUGGCCACGACCUUCAGGCCGAGCUGGCUAAGAGCCAGAGGGGUGGCAGGAGACCGGGUCCAAGCAACCGGAGGCCCAGACCAAAUACCGGCCCCAAAAAUACAGCUAGAGAGAGUAGAGAGAGUACUAGUGAAGCCGAGGCAGACUCCCCCAAGCAGGAGCUUAACCAAAACAAGUAACUGCCUUGUCUCCCUGUCCAUUGUGGUAACAAGCGAACCUAGCAAAAAGAAAAGGCUGGCUUUUAUGGAAGGGAAUGAUGCUACCUUCACUGUACCAAUGUGAAGUGAAAUGUGAAAGUGUAAUGCCUUAAGCAGUGUUUGGUUUAUGAAUUAUUAUUUUUUUGUGUUGGUAUUGUUAAUACGUAACCCCAUUUGCUUUGGAAGCUGUCUUACACACAAGUUGGAUUUAUACUGGCAGGCCUGUCUGCCAGUCCCAAUAGACAGCUUGAUAUUUUCCCUGUUAGUCUCCUCUUUGUAGAGGUAAUGUUUAAGGCCCUACAUGUAAUGGCGGCAGAAUUCACAGGAUAUUUUGUGUACUAAAUAAACCAUACUUAUUGAAUUUUA